UAUAACGUGAAAUAAAACAUCAUUAUUAAUUUCUCCAAAGGUUUAAUUACUUAAAUUUUUAAUCAAAUACUUCAAAUAUAAUAUAUAAUGUCCGGUAAAGGAAAGGCAGGUUCUACUGAAAAGGCUUCCACCUCUAGAUCUUCUAAGGCUGGUUUGUCCUUCCCAGUUGGUAGAGUUCACAGACUCUUGAGAAAGGGUAACUACGCUCAAAGAGUUGGUUCAGGUGCUCCAGUCUACUUGACUGCUGUUUUGGAAUAUUUGGCUGCUGAAAUCUUGGAAUUGGCCGGUAACGCUGCUAGAGACAACAAGAAGUCCAGAAUCAUCCCAAGACACUUGCAAUUGGCCAUCAGAAAUGAUGAAGAAUUGAACAAGUUGCUUGGUCACGUCACAAUCGCCCAAGGUGGUGUUUUGCCAAACAUUCACCAAUCUUUGUUGCCAGCCAAGAAGUCUGCCAAGCCAGGUGCUUCUCAAGAAUUGUAGAUGAACCAGCUACGUGUAUAUUAGUUUUAUGAACAGAGAAUGAAAACAGUGUUAAAAAAU